CAUAUAUCAUGGCUCCCACCAAGCAAGCAAAGCGACAGGCAAUCACGCUCAAGGGCUCGACUGCUCUAGUAACAGAGUUCUUCAAGUAUGCUGUCAACACGAUACUGUUCCAACGCGAAGUUUACCCAUCAGACGAAUUCCACAUGGUCAAGAAGUACGGACAGGUUGUACUCGUGACACAAGACCUAGCGCUCGAGAACUAUCUCGAAAAAAUUUUGACACAAGUGCAGAAAUGGAUUCUGAGCGGUUCGGUCACGCAACUGGUGUUAGCGAUCCUCGCCAAGGAUACGCGGAAGACGCUCGAGCGCUGGGUUUUUGACAUCAAAUUGGUUGAUCCACCAGCAGACGGGAGUGAAGCGAAGAGCAAACCUGAAUCCGAGAUCCAAUCGGAAAUCCGCGCCAUCCUCAAGCAGAUCGUUUCGAUGGUGACCUUCCUCCCAGUGAUGCAGGAGGAGAAGGUGUUCAACAUCCUGGCAUACACCUCCGAGUCCGCCGACGUGCCUGUUGGCGAGUGGGUUGACACUGACUCGUUAGCCAUCGAAGCAAGCAAGAGCCAGCAAGUCAAGAUGCGCGGUUUCAGUACGGAUGUUCAUCGUAUCGAGGCCAUGGUGGCGUAUAGGUACGAGGAGUAAUGCAUACAGUAGAUGACUACUCUCCAACUGCAAUAUCAAUCAUGUUACAGUCUCCGCUUCAGAUUCAGCGUGGUACUGGUUGAGGCUGGCGAAACAAUUGACAGGAUGAUCGUUGCUACGUGACCUAGCGUGACCUUAUCGCAGCCAAUGAGAUGCUUGACAAGCAUCAUAGGCCUUGGGAUUUUGGAGAGUCUAGACCUCAAGCCCUGGAGCCGCUGACGCACUCGCCCUUGACCGAACCACGACUGCCAGAGUUUUUGGAAAUCUGCGAACGAGUCCCGGUCUUUUGCAUGGGCGGAGGAUGCAGAACUUUCUGUGCCUAAUGUGUAUGCCAGAAUGCCCGAGACCCGAAAUACUGGAUUCAAGUAUCAUAGAAACCAGUGCUGUCACAUCACACAAACUAAAAGGCAGCCCGUUGAGUGUGCCAUCUUCUGAUUCGUCCCACUUUCAUUCGUCCCUUUCUUCGACGUCUCCCCCUCCCUGUUUGUCUGGCCGGGCCACACACCUUUUCAAUUAUCUAUAGCCACUACACUCCAUCGUACAUCAUGGGUGAAAGCUGGUUCCGCCGAGAGUUCUUGAACCCGCGAAGGCUCGCCUUCAACGUCAUCUUUUAUGCCACUCAUUUCUUCGUCUUUGCCUACGGAUGGCACAGUCAGCAAUCCAACACCAAACUUGCAGCCCUCAAUGGACUCAAGUUCUCGGUCUGGACCUCCCGAGGCGCGGGAUUGGUCCUUGCUCUUGAUGGCGGUCUCAUCCUGAUCCCUAUGCUGCGCAACAUCAUCAAGCUGGUCCGCCCCAAGCUCACAUGGCUUUUCCCUGCCGACGAGAAUAUCUGGUUCCACCGACAAGUCGCUUACUCGAUGGCGUUCUGGGCUAUGGUCCACACUACCGCUCACUACGUCAACUUCAUCAACGUCGAGCGCACACAGGUCCGCAAGCAGACCGCGCUUGAGGUCCACUACACUCAGCCUGGAGGAAUCACCGGACACUUCAUGCUUCUCAUCAUGGUCCUGAUGUACACUACCGCUGCACAGAAGGUCCGCAACCAAUGCUUUGAGGCCUUCUGGUACACGCAUCACCUGGCGUUCUUCUUCAUGAUUGGCCUGUACACCCACGCGACCGGUUGUUUCGUGCGCGACUCGGUCAACCCCGACUACAUCGCGACCUUCCCUUCUACUCGACCGAGCACUGUCUGGGUUACCUUAGCUGGAGGUUCACCAUCUGGCCAGGCAUCAUCUACUUCGGAGAGCGGAUGUACCGCGAGUAUCGUGCGAGGAGAUCAACACGUCUCUCCAAGGUUCUGGUGCACCCCAGUGGUGCCAUGGAGUUGCGUAUCAUCAAGCCCAGUUUCAAGUACACAGCCGGCCAAUGGUUGUUCCUCCAGGUCCCCGAGAUCUCCGGCUACCAAUGGCAUCCCUUCACCAUCACGUCGGCGCCCAAGGAUCCGUAUGUCUCUGUCCACAUCCGUCAGGUCGGAGAUUGGACGAAGGCUCUGGGUGACCGCUUCGGAGUUGGCCCUUCCGUCGUUGCUGCCAUGACUUCCAAAGCCAUGAAGGGUUCCGAGAAGAGUCAAGACGUUGGAUACACUCGUGGUGACUUUGUUGAGAUCGACGCAACCAACAUCUCGCUUCCCGCCGUCCGUGUCGAUGGUCCCUUUGGUGCUCCGGCCGAAGAUGUGUUCAAUGUGGAAGUUGCUAUCCUUGUCGGUGCUGGUAUCGGUGUCACGCCCUUUGCGUCAAUUCUGAAGGAUAUCUGGUACCGCCAGAAACAGGGCAACGUCGGGACUCUGCGUCGCGUUGAAUUCUUCUGGAUCUGCCGUGAUGCACCAUCGUUCGGUUGGUUCCAGAGCUUGCUGCAAGAGAUCGAGGCCGCCCAGGCAGACCCCAACUUCCUCCGCAUCAACAUUUACCUGACGCAAAAGAUCAAUGAGGACAUGUUGUGGAAUAUCGCCAUCAACGAUGCGGGCGCUGAAUACGAUCCCCUUACGCUGCUGCGAACAAGGACAAUGUUUGGGCGUCCGGAUUGGCAAACUAUCUACGGCCAAAUCAAGCAGGCUAUCGAGAGCGGACAGUACAUUCCUGGAAGCUCUUCGCAGCUGAAGACGAAAGUUGGGACAUACUUCUGUGGCGCUGGCCCCAUUGCCAAGGCUCUCCAGGAGGCCUGCCGUCACAACAGUUCUUCAAGCGUCGAGUUCUCCUUCGCCAAGGAACACUUCUAAAAGCCGGACUCUCAUACCCUACUGCUGUACUGUAAUAUAGCGUGCUCAACUCACUGGUCGGGAAGUUGAUCGUAAAUUACCCCGCUUGUUGUACCACCUCGGAAUUCUUUUUAUUCUAGCCGCAAUGCGAGGUGAGUC